GCAAAGUCCUGCAGCCGAAUUUGCCCCGACGAAGAAACAGCGCCUCAGACGUCCCAGUCCCAGUCAGACAGAGACUUCAGUCAUCCGGUUUACAAAGAGAUCGCCUUAGCCAACGGACACAUCAACCGCAUGUCCAAGGAGGAGCUGCGGAUCAAGUUAGCCGACCUGAAACUUGACACCAGAGGAGUGAAGGAUGUGAUGAAGAAGAGGUUAAAGAACCACUACAAGAAGCAGAAGCUGCUGCAGUCUGCAGCGGAGGGGGGGCCCACUGACACCUACUACGACUACAUCUGUGUGGUGGACUUCGAGGCGACCUGCGAGGAGGAUAAUCCCUCCGACUUCCUCCACGAGAUCAUCGAGUUCCCCAUGGUCCUCAUCAACACGCACACCUUACAGAUCGUGGACACCUUUCAGGAGUACGUGAAACCAGAGCUGAACCCGCAGCUCUCAGACUUCUGCGUCAAGUUGACAGGAAUCACACAGGAAACGGUGGAUGAAGCCGAUUCGUUUCCAGGAGUCCUGCGGCGAGUUGUGGGCUGGCUGCAGGAGAGGGAGCUGGGAACAAAGUACAAAUAUGCCAUUCUGACCGAUGGGGCGUGGGACAUGAGCAAGUUCCUCAACAUCCAGUGUCGCCUCAGCCGGAUCAAAUAUCCUCAGUUUGCAAAGAAGUGGAUUAACAUAAGAAAGUCCUACUGCAACUUCUACAAGGUGCCCCGCACGCAGACCAAGCUGAGCACCAUGCUGGAGAAGCUGGGGAUGAAGUACGAGGGCCGCCCCCACUGCGGCCUGGACGACUCCCGCAACAUCGCCAGGAUCGCGAUGCGCAUGCUGCAGGAUGGCUGCCAGCUGCGCGUCAACGAGCGGAUGCACGGCGGCCAGCUGCUCUCGGUCCCCAGCUCGGCGCCGAUGGAAGGAGCCCCGGCGCCUCAUCACCCCAGCAGCAGAGAUURAGCUCCUGCGGCAGACUUUAAACCUGCGGUCACAUCAGCCCCCGCAGCUGCAGAGAGGGAAGCACUUUAACCAGAGCUUAAAGCUGGAAACGGGGUCAGUGUUUAGAUUUCACCAUGUGGGAUAAAAAUGAGUUCUGGAAGUUUUAUAUUUUGUUGAACUUUCUUCAUCCUGCCUUUUUUUGCUGCUUAAAUAAAUGUCUUUCAUUUUUGCCUUUCAUGUAGAUAUCAGAUUUUGUUCUGAAAAAAGAAAAAAAAUUGUAUCUGAGUCAAAAAAAUAUAAAAAUUCUGCAAUUUCACAACUGAUCACAAGUCUUAUUACUGUGAUGAGUUCAAGAAAACUAUAAAGACAGAGACACAAUUUCACAUCUGCUGACCGAGUUUGUACUUUYGAAGGUCAGCAUUGAUCAUGUUUUUAAUUUUUAAGAUUAAACGUUUAUUUUUCAGAGUAUAGACUUGACCACCCUUCAUAACACAUACUGUUUUUGUCUUUAAAUAUUGCUUUAUUUGGGGAUGUUCAAUGUAACAAUGUUAUCUGCUCAGAUGUGUAUUUUUUAUCUCACAGUAGGUGAUUUAUUUUUAACAGAAACAAAUAACCCAGUGAAUAAAUUGUAAGAAYGAGA